AUGGAUGAGUCUAAUGAAGUAUACUCAAUUGGGAUUGACAUUGGAACGACAAGUAUUAAGUGUUGUGCAUUAGGUAGUGAUGCCAGGGUAAUCUCUGAAAAGUCAGCAGUUCAUGAUGCAUGGAUCAAACGAGAAUCACAUAUUUACCGUGAACAAGAUCCGUUGAAGAUAUUUCACGUUUUACUUGCGCUGCUUAAAUCGAUGAAGCUGAAAUAUUCGUCAAAUAUAAUAGUUAGCAUAGUAGGACAGAUGCAUGGCAUUGUUUUUUGGAAUGGACAAAAUCUAACAGCAGGUAAGUUUAUCUGUUCACCACUGAUAACAUGGAUGGAUGAGAGGGUACCUAAAGAAUUUGUUAACUCCCUACCCAGAUGGAAUUGUGGUGAAUUGCACGUUGGUUUUGGCAUGGUAACCCUUGCAUGGCUCCAUUCUUCAGAUAAUUUAAAAACAGAAUGGACUUGUUGUGGUACUGUAAUGGAUAUGCUAAUAAGCUAUCUUUCUCAGUCUUCUGAUGCAUUUAUCGGUGUUCAAAAUGCGUAUAGUUGGGGUUACUGCUCUUAUGAUGGAUAUUGGACUUUGCCGGAAAAACUGAUACCCCCACAUUUACUUCCAACAAUACGUAAAACAGAUGAAGUUGUUGGUUUGGUGAAGCGAUCAGAUUUCGAUCUUCCAGUUGGAGCACAACUGUUAUCAUCUUGUGGUGAUCUUCAGAGUACUGUCUACCCAGUGCUGGAAACAGGAACAGCUGUUUUCAACUUUUUCAAAGUUCUAAACUUGGGAACAUCGGCGCAGUUAUGCUUUGCUUCGGAAGUUGAUCAAGCACCUUCGACAUCUCUUCUUACAGAACCAUUUUUUGGCAACAAAAGAUUGAUUGUAGCUGCAUCGAUGAAUGGCGGUAAUGCAAUUGAUAUAAUUGCACAGAAAAUGAUUGAGUGGGCCUCCGAACUUGUCUCAGAUAACAAAAGUCUAAAAGUGGAUUAUAACAAAUUAAAUGAUAUACUAACCAAACCAGAGAAAUGUACAUCCUCUGUAGUAAGAGUUGAACCGAUAUUUCUUCCUGAACGUGGAAGUACUGCAACAUCGUGCAUUUCCGGAAUCAGUCCACGUACUACUGUGAACGAAGUAUUUCAAGGAAUCGCUUGCGGAAUUGUUUGCAAUUUAUUUCGCUUACUUCCACCUCAAGAACUGCAGAGAUGGAAUGUCAAGCGGGUCAUACUUGCAGGCAAUGCAAACAAAACUUGCUUUGUACGUGAAAUUACACAACAAUGUGAGGGGCGACUUCAGAUUUUAACUGGCUUUACUAACACUUGUAGUGCAGCUUAUGGUGCCGCUCUACGUGCACUGCAUGUUUCACGUCUUUAA